GCCAUUGCAUUGUUCGCUCUCGUUGCUGGCUCAUACGCCAUCGACCCACUCGCCCUUAAAACACUCGUGUUCGGUCCCCACCAUGCUAGCUCUGACGCCACCGCUCAAGUCUUGCGCAACGAUGCCGUCGUCAACCCAGACUCAUUCAACUACGCUUAUCAAACCUCAAACGGAAUUGCCACCAAGGAACAAGGUCAAUUGAAACAAAUCGGUUCAGAAGCAGGCAUUGCUGUUAAAGGUGAUUACGCUUACACCUCCCCAGAAGGCGAGAAGGUCCAAUUGAGCUACAUUGCUGACGAAAACGGUUUCCAACCCACCGGAUCACAUUUGCCAGUCGCCCCAGCUAUCCCAGCCCGAAUCGCUCGUGCUUUUGAAUACCUCCAACAUGCCGCUCCACAACCUCAGAUUUUUAGAU